AUGGAUUUUGUUCAAGGCCUUGAUCCUUCCAAACUUGCCCUAUUCGGAGCGGGUUUUUCCUUUUUCCUCUCCGGAUUUACAGCUCCGCCCUACAACCUUCCAAUCUUCCUAUUUGGUAUAUACGCACAAGAAAAUGCUGACUCGGCCUUUCUGUCUUUGCAAACCUUCACUGGUCUUCUUGGAGCUUCAGUAUUUUACGACAUAAUUUGGAUGUUUAGAAACGAACAAGGAGGCUUCGUCAAAUUUUUAACAAUUAUACUCCUGCUUGUCAAGAUUCCUACCUUCCUUGCUUUUGGACUUGCCGCUCGGCAAAGAGGUGCACAGUUUGCUGGACUGGGAAUUCGAGGAAAUGACAUCAACGGACCCACUGUCUGGGCAAUGCCAGGAGGUUUCUCAAGUACAGCUGGAUAUCAAAACGUUGAUGAUGAAAUAUCACCUCAACCGGCGACCAGAACUGUGGCCCCUCCUUCGGGCCCUACAGCACCAGUCCAGGCUGCACCUGGAGCGUACCAAACUGUGUAG